AUGCCAGGUAGGGCAUCGACUACCACUUCACUAUAUUCCGAUGACCCCACUGAAGUGCCGCCUAUGCCCACUACCUACGGUGUGAGGGAAGGUAAAUUGAUUGAUUACGAUGGACCCGAUGUCGGAAGCGAGGAAGAAAAGGAGAUGGUCAAUCCGACCGACAAGUUGAGGGAAUUGUUAAGUCAGAUGAGAAAAGAAGUCGAGAUUAGUAGACCUGUGACGUCCAUAGCUUACAGUGAGGAUGAGGAUGAGGAUCAAAGAGGUGCGUUUGAAUCAAGGAAUAGUGCUGGACCUAGUUCGCCCCCUCAAAAGCAGUAUAAUGAGGAAAGUGAAGAUGAGGAACAGAGUCCACCUACUCCGCCACCUAGGAUAGGGAAUCCAUAUGCUGCUAGAAGAGGAGAACGUUGGAAUUCACCUAAUUUACCUUCCAUCCGGCCAGGUAGAUUGCCUUCGCGAGCAGCAGUCCUGCGCAAUAGUGUAUCACGAUCCCCUCCAUCUCCUGAACCUAUUCAUCCUCAACCCGAAACGAAAUCCCCUCCUACCCGGUUAGAAGCUUUCUUAGCCUCUUCUUCAUCUUCCGUUCACCCCAUUGCAGAAAGCUCUACUUCCGGCCGACUUCACACCAUACUCGUGCGCAGAGACUCGGGAUCAAGUACGAGUAGUUCGAGGAAAGGGAAAGAUCGUGCGAUAGCACCCAUAUUACCAUCACCUCAGGAAACACAGAGUAUCUCAUUUAGACGCAAUAGGUUUAGACAAACUCCUCCUCCGGGUUCAGUAGAUUCACAUAGAAGACCUCAGACUCCCCGACGAAUCAGCGUUGAUCUUGCACCGGAGGAUAUCAGCUCCUUCGCUCGCAAUGCCGUUGAUCUGGAAGUGAGAGGUGAAGUUGAGUUGGAUCUGGAUGAAGGUCUGAGUGCGCUAGGAUGGGAAGAGAGUAGUCAGAGUAUCAUUGAGGAAAGCGUGGAUAUAGCUCAGUCAGAGCGUGGGGAGUACGAAGGGGAUUUGAGGCAGAGUACGUCUAGGUCGCCUGAUAGGAGAGAUCGGAGCAGGACAGUCCAGCCUCAUUCUGGCUCAAUCUUGCCAAUACAGUCGAGACAGGGCGUAGAUGUACAUUCGACUAAAGGGAGAUCUCAGACCCGUUAUUCACCAACACCACCAGAAGACAGACUACAGAAUUCUCAAAGUCGGUAUUCAACUUCAUCACCGUCAGUAGCAAACACGCUACGGCGUUCUCAGAAUCGAUCUCCCAAUGGACAAACUCAACCAGUCGAAAAUCCUCCGACAAACUCUCGCCACACAGCACCUCGACAUGGAGAAUCUUCACCAUCACCUCCUUUACGUGCUUUGCCUGCUUUGCCCGAACCUGAUAUCUCAGCUCAGUCCGAUAAUAGCGAAGUAGAUACGUAUUCUUCGAGGAGAGCAGCCCUGUUUCGUUCAACUUCUCGAUCAGCUUCAGGCUCGACUUCCACGUCGACGGCUCGGAGUGGAUCACAAACGCCUUCUCAAUCUUUCGCGACUGCUACAGGCUUGAGAUCGAGACUAUCUCAGAGAAGCUCAGUGGAAAGGAGUGAAGAGGUUUCGGAGGGAGAUAUAUUACCUAAGAGGUCGCCUAAUAAGUGGAAUCGGUCGUCUCUUCAAGCAGAGACUCCUGAACCUAUACACGGCCUAUCAUCUCCUGUUCCUCCUACCCGACGUAGUUCAAAUCGACCUUCACCUGUACGAAAAGAAUAUACACCGAGGAGAGGGGUGGAAGAUAUACGUAUUCCCAUACAAGAUCCAAUACAGGUAAACAUCGCACUAGCACCAGCAUCAAUCUCUACACCUUCAAAGCCUUCAGGUACAAAUCCUAAUGUCAGUACAUUACCUACACCUAAACCACCUGGGGCAUGGAAAUCUACUCCGAAGGCCAAAGUACGCUUCUCACCUUCGCCAUUGAGUCAGCAUAGUCCCGUGAGACCCGAUACGCCAAGUCGGGAUGAAAAUGUGGAAGGGGUAUCGAUGCAUCGAUUGAAAGUUUCGCCUAGACGGUCUGCCAAAACUAAGAUUAUCAGCAACGAACAGGAAGAGGACCAGGAGGUGGGGAAUGGCAGUUUCUUGGAGAGGUUGAAAGGAUCUUUGAGCUCGCCUCUGAAGAAAGCCAAAACUCAAAUUCCUAUCCCACCCAAAUCGACGACCUUCACAUUAUCCACUCAGUCUCUCCAACAUGCUAAAUCAAGUACGAUAGCUGCCGAACAGAAUUUGCUGAUUACUCAGAAACAAUGGCUAGAAGCUCUAUCUGCUAUAAACGCAGCUGCUAAUACUUCCUCAACUGUUGUCAGAAGGGGGUGGGGAUGGAGUACGUGGGUUUUAUGGGGGUUGGUGGAGUUUUUGGUACUUUGGAGUGUAUUCAGAGUAACGAUAGAUUACGCUACUUCCUUAACACAUAUAUCGACGUUAGAUCCAUUCCAUCCUUUGUCUUUACCCUUUCGACAAUCCACCACCUCCACGUCAACAUGGAGUAAUGGACCGUUCGGAUCGAUGUCUCUGGAAUUACCUAUACCAAGUGCUUUACAAACUUUGGUAGGUGGCAAUGGCGGGUAUGGGAAUGCAAAUUUCUUUGAUUUGAUGGAAAGCUGGGGUGUAUGGAGUAGAUUGGUCGCAACACCGGUAGCUGGAGGAGGUGGGAGGAUAUCGGGCCGUGGAGUAGGCGGUGUACCUAGUUGA